UGAGUAACUCGAGAGUUGCUCUCGCGCCCGCACGCACUCCUUCAAGUGCAGUACACACAGCCAGACACAGCACAGUUGCUCUCUCCCACAACACAACACUAGUCACACAUUACCAUAUACAUAAUAGGUAUACGCCAUAUGUACAACGCACACGUAAACAACGAAGUUCAAGCGCUGCACGUCAUCUGCACAGCAUAUCUCGUAGGUUAUGUUACCCUCGUCUCUCGUCGGCCGUGUCGCGCGAGCAGCGAGAACUGCAUCAGCAUAAGUACAUGCAUAGAGGAAAACAAACGCCGCGUAAAUAAAUCGCCGAGCCGAUUGAUAAGCAGCUAGCUGACCGUGAUAAUCUCCCUUCGUCAUCAUCAUGAGUCCAACGUCGAACCUCCGAGACGUGUCUGAGAAGUGCGACGCCGUCGCCUGGCCAAGGAAACCGACCACCGAGAGAACGACGAGCGCAUCGCCGUCGACCGGGCCACUGCUGUCCCAUGUGCCGUGAUGCCGCUUCUCUGUUCGCCUGCUUGCUUGGACCAGCAGCGCUUUAUUUUUACCCGCUGCUGUUGCGGCAACGGAGAAGACGUCAAAGACGACGUCAGCGGAGAACACCGUCUGGAAUUUUCCGACAACGACUGCUCUUUUCCUGGAAAGGGCGCGGCGAUACUUCAGUGGACGGAGAUACAUGGCUCAACUCCAUGAUGGAGUUCAAUUACGACGAGGAUUUGUCACAGAACAGCUUCUUCCAAACUCUCCAAGAGGACUACCAGCCAAUCUUCAACAGAGCCAUCGGAGAAGGUUGGAUCAUAUGUGUUCCUCGCUGUGGAACAUUUACAAAGGGUGCAUUGACCAAGGAAGACUUUUUGGGUCAUAUAUUAAUUCCCAAUGACGAAUUGCCUGGUACUCAUUUUCACACAUUGACUGACACGGAGGUGCGACUUUACAAUAGAGCAUUGACAAUCGAGUGCGAGGAUUCGGAGCCGCGAUCCUUGCAUUUAUUAUUCGAAGAAACUUUUUAUACAGAAGAUAACAACAAGUAUUGCGUAUGGUGUAUAGAAGGCCUCUUGGAGCAAGGCACAACCAGCUCGCGCGAUGAAGUACCGGUAGUAAGCUCGCUGAAAGAAUGCGUGGACUUGUUGUGGGCCGAAGUGAGCGACAAGAGCGUACUUAAAGAGCUUGACGCUGCGAUCGAGGAAUUUGAGCGGGCGCACAGCAAGAGCCUUGAGAACGAAUGUCUACAGAUGCAACGCGACCUCGUGAGCAUGCUCUACGCCAAGGGGCUGCGAAUUCUUCUUAAAGAUAACGGCUUACGCGAACGUACACUCGAGAGCCGAUACUUUAUGCAGACGAUCAAAUUGUGCGCCGAGACGUACGUGCUACACGGACUGCGGAAAAUACUACCUCAGGCGGUUUCCUUCUGCACUGCAGCUGAAGAUGCGAGUCUCAAUAAGAUCAUCAAGAACCUGCACGACCUACAGCUUGCCGAUUUUGGCGUGAGACCCGACCUGUAUGACGGCGUGACGAGAGCCAAACUGGAGCUGUCAAGACUGGAUAGCUACUUCACGGUACUGGGCAAGACGAGCUGUUUAAAGCGCGCUGCACGUUUCGUUUCCCAGGGAGAGAGCUCGGUUUCUUCAGACGAGCUACUGCCGGUACUCAUCUUCCUGGUGGUCAAAUCUGGCCUGGCCUCUUGGUGUGCACAGCUGACCUUCAUGAAGCAGUUUCGUUACUCGGCAAGUUCGGCUUAUGAAGCUGAUGAAGCCGGUUUUCUGGUGACUUCACUCGAGGCCGCAGUUGAGCACGUUAAGUCUGGUUCUGUGAGGCAAGCGCCAAGUGAAGCGCAACUUGACAAGGUUGAUGGCCAGGUAAAAUCGACUGAUGAGAAGAAUGGUUUAGAAGAGAGUGAUAGUCAAGGCGGCCUAAUGGGAGAACUCUUCGAACACGCGAAGAGCGGAAACCUGAGCGAAGUACAAAGAAUACUGACUGAUGAUGCCGAAGGUGCCUCGAAAGAGACGAAGCUGUGCCAUCCACUGUGCCUGUGCGAGAGCUGCGAGCGUAGUCUCUCGCGUAGCUCGGACUCAGAGCUGCCGGCAGGUUUGCUCUGGCGUGACGACCGCGGUCAGGGUUGUCUACAAUUGGCCUGUGUUCACGGCCAGGUGACCGUAGUGGAUUACCUCCUGGAGCGCGGAGCUGACCCCAACGACGUCGAUGCUGAAGGCGUGAAUUGCCUUCACUGCGCCGCGGCCAGAGGACACCAGAACACUCUACUAUUGCUGCUGCAUGCCAACGCACGAAUCGACGCCACCGAUGCUCGGGGUAACAGUGCCCUGCACUUCGCCGCUGAUCACGGACACGAUGCUUGCGUCAAAGCAUUGUUAUAUUUUGCAGAGCGUGGCAGAGUACCACUCAAUGUUAGCGCAGCAAAUCAGCAGGGCGACACGCCGCUGCAUUUCGCAUCAAAGUGGGGCUACAGUAGCAUAGUCGAGAUUUUGUUAGAGUAUGGCGCGGAUCCGAGUUACAAGAAUCGUCGUGGCCAAACGCCAAUGACUUUGGCACAUAGCGGUCACAUUGCUAGACUGUUCGAGGGCUCGUCCUCGAGAACUAGCACGCCUACUGGCUCCUCUGGUUAUGGUAGCGGUGUAAAGGAGUCUAUUGCCGAGGCUGUAGGUGACGACCACUCGGCCAAGUCAGGAUCGGCUGCUUCAACUCCCAGCAGACUCGGUUAUCACCGCAGUAGCUUAACUGAAGGUAUGCACAAAAUCGAUCGACUUUUCGCCGCUGUAGCCGAAGGAGACAUCAGAUUGGCGUCGUAUUACUUGGGUCUUGAAGGACCUUGUAACAAGACGUAUAUUUCAGAACAGGACGAACCAAAAUUCUGUCAUCCGCUGUGCAACUGCGAAAAGUGCGUGUCGAUCGAGGAGCUAUCGUACGAAAAGGAGACCAAACCACCUAUUGCUAUCAAUGCUGUGAACAGCAGUGGCGAGACAGCGCUUCACAUUGCUAGCGCAGUUGGCUGCACGGAGAUCAUACAGGUCUUACUGGAUGCCGGUGCAAAAGUAAACUUGGUAACGCGCUCGGAAGGUCGAACACCCCUUCACCUAGCUUGUAUGCAUGAUCGUACCAAGACCGUCAAAAUGCUGCUCAGUUGUGGUUCCUGUAACCCGGACGCUAAGGACAAUGCUCGUGACACUCCUCUGCAUCUGUCCAGUCGCGCUGGAAACGUGCGAAUUGUUGAAAUGUUAGUGCGUCACGGUGCUAACCCCAGGAUACGCAAUUUAGCCGGUGCCACACCUCUCGACGAGGUCGAGCGAAUUAAGUCGGACGACAUCUUUCUGUCAUUGGCGCUCAGCAACAUCGCUAAAAUAUUAAAAAAUGUCAGUGUCACGACCAACGCUAGUCAAUAGUUUCGUUGGCGAUAGCAAUGUGUUGUUCGGGACGUUUUAUCAAGGUAAAAUAUCUGGAGGUUUGCGGGUUUAUAUUUUAUGUUGAACUUGUUUCCACGGAAAUUUUACGAUAUUAACCACUUAGUGAAAAAUUCGUUAAUAAAAAGAAAGAUGUCAAAUGCUUAUCAAUUUUUGCCCAUAUUGCAAAGUGACAUUUGUCGUUUCAGAAUUCUCCAUUUAAUUGGUUGUAUUAAGAUAAAUAUCUUAUCUUUUAAAUAAGUUAAUCCGAAAAUAAUGUUGAUUAAUAAAUUGAUAAAACAUUUCAUUAUAUUAUAGCCAUAAUCGAUGCAUUUGUAACAUGAUUUCUUUUUAAAUUAUGAAUUAACAUCACUUUAACGACUUGUAGCAAUAAGAACUUCUCUGGAAUGUUGAUCGGUUGAAAACGUAAUUGUAGGAUUUGUUUCAAAUUGUUAUGUAUAAAUUUUAUAUUGAAAUACAUUGUGAUUAAUGAUAAUUGUCAAACGACGUUAAUGCAUCGACUACAUAAUUGGGUAUUUAUUGAGUCAAUUGGUUAAUAUCGAAUUUGUUAUCAGUUUUUGUAUCUCUAGUCUGUAACGUGUGAUCAUAAAAGUAUCAACUUAUAAUAUUUAUUCCAUUCUCCUGAUUAUAAACGAAAAAAUUAGCAUACUCAGUACUUUAAAUGAAGUAAAAAUAUAUACGUUAAACCCAUGACAUAACAUAAAAGACAAAUACCCAAUUAUAUCUUUUUCUUUGAGCGGUUUAUGCUUAUUUUUGUUACAAAUAAUAACUGCCUUACAAGAAUCAAAGUUUAGCCAUAUAGUUCCAAUCAGGUGUAAAAAUGUACUUUCAUAAGUAUAGCUAAAAGUAGAAACAUCACAAAACACGAUAUUAUAAGGGCAUAUUUUAAUUAUAGAGUUAAACAAAGUAAUUGAUAUAAUAAUAAGUUACAGAAAAAAUAAGAAAAAGUUAAAAUGACUAGGAAGACGUGUGUUACAAUUCGAAUAAAUUUUAAUAAAAUAUUUAUAUGGCUACUAACAAAAUCUAGUGUGCUUAUCUUUUAGUUCAUUUUGUUAAAAACAGUUGUUAAUCUUCAUAAUGAAGGAAAAAAGUCAAACGAGUCAUUUUAACUAUAAAACUCGUCUCUUCAGCGUUGUUAGAUUAAAGUAACUCUCUUUAAAUAAACAUAGGUGAAUAGUUAUUUUUAUACAAGAUGCCAAGCAAAAAGUCAAAACUAUAUUAACUUGUAAUGAAAUAGAAAAUACUAUUGAAUCGUUGAAAUUUUUUAUUUUAUCUUAACCUUCAUUGUACAUUAUUUGAUAGAAUUUUUUAUUAAACUAACGCAUUUUAUUUACUAAAUAUGCAAAUCAUGUUUUUAUCAUUCACUUUGUGUGAACAUGAAACCAAAAAUUGUGAUAUAUGUAUGUUAUGUCAAAAUCAUUUGUAUAUUUUUUAAUAUUUAAUUUUAUUCUAUUUAAAUAAUUUCUUUCUUCUUAUCAAAGUGCAAUAUCAAAACUGCAAACGAUUAUCAGUGAUGUAUAGUAAAACAUGAUUUUUAAAUAAAAUAUACAUAUAAAUAUAUAUUCUGGACUCCUAUUUACAGUUAGUGCAGCAUUUAUCAUAUAAAAGUGAACCCAUAUUUUGUGCUAAGAAAAACACCUGUCGUCAAAAAAUGUAAUCA